AUGGAAGAAAACACGAAUAUGGGAAAAACGGCAAAUAUGGGAAAAACGCAAAUAUGGGAAAAACGCAAAUAUGGGGAAAAAUGCAAAUAUGGAGAUAAACGUAAAUAUGUGGAAAACGCAAAUAAAUAUGGGAAAGACGCAAAUAAAUAUGGUAAAGACGCUAAUAAAUAUGUGAAAAACCAAAAUAAAUAUGGGAAAAACGCAAAUAUGGGAAAAACGCAAAUAUGGGAAAAACGCAAAUAUGGGAAAAACGAGAAUAUGGGAAAAACGAAAAUAUGGGAAGAACGCAAAUAUAGGAAAAACGCAAAUAUGGGCAAAUGCAAAUAUGGGAAAAACGCAAAUAUGGGACAAACGCAAAUAUGGGAAAUGCAAGUAUGGGAAAAUCGCAAGUAUGGCAAAAUCGCAAAUAUUGGAAAAUUGGAUAUAUGGGAAAAUCGCAAAUACCAGAAAUUAGCAAACAAUGAAAAACACAAGACUGGGAAGAAACGCGAAUAUUUGAAGAAACGCAAAUAUGGGAAAAAACGCAAAUAUGGCAAAAAACGCAAGUCUGGGAAAAAUGCAAAUAUGGGGAAAAACGCAAAUAUGGGGAAAAUACGCAAUUAUGGGAGAAAACGCAAUUAUGGGAGAAAACGCAAAUGUGGGAAAAAAUGCAAAUAUGGAAAAAAACGCGAAUAUGUGAAAAAACGCAAAUAUGGGAAAAACGCAAAUAUGGGAAAAAACGGAAAUAUGUGGAAAAACGCAAAUAUGGGGCAAACGGAAUUAUGGGAAAAACUCUAUUAUGAAAAAAAACGCAAUUAUGGGAAAAAACUCAAUUAUGGGAAUAAAAGCAAUCAUGGGAAAAAACGCAAUUAUGGGAAAAAACGCAAUUAUGGGAAUAAAAGCAAUCAUGGGAAAAAACGCAAUUAUGGGAGAAAACGCAAUUAUGGGGAAAAUGCAAUUAUGGGAAAAAUCGAACUUAUGGGAAAAAACACAAUUAUAGGGAAAAACGCAAAUAUGGGGAAAAACGUAAAUAUGUGA